GUUUACAAAGGUCGGUGUGAGGUGGGACGAAACCAAGAAACAUCUUUGGAAGUACACUACAGUGGUGUAAACAGCCGGAGUUUUGACGGGAAAAUGUUGUGCAGCUGUCAGAAGACUGGCAGGAUCUAAUCGACCAAAUACAGUGCUGAAGCCAUGUCGAACGUCCACUGAGUAAAGAUGGACUACCGUUGGAUCCCCAAUCCCUUCACUGGAGAGUGGGAACUUGUGGUGGAAGAUCCUCCUUUUCUCGGUGCCGGAGCCUUCUCAUCUUUGACGCCCUUCGGUGGAGAGUACAGCCACACAUAUACACACCGAAGUUUCAGCCCAAUACGUCUUUCACGGGAGAGACAACGAAGGCGGUUUGAUAUACAAGAUCGUAUGGAGUACAUAUGGUCAGAAGUACCAUGGAAUGGACCACCGCAGCUGUAUAAGGAAUGGCUGCAUAAACUCAGGAAGGACGUGAAGGAGGAAGGGGGCGACUGUUAUGAAGAAGAAGACUACGAGACGGCUGUAGAUUACUACACACAGUGUCUGGAGGUCUGCCAGGUCCUACAUGAAGAAGGCUUCCACAACAGCGCUGCCGACAGAGAGUUCGUGCGGAAACUCUACACCAACAAAGCGGCAUGUCGCUUCAAGCUGGAUGACUAUGAAGGUGCCAUACAGGAUUGUGACCAAGCUUUGAAAAUCAUACGACUGGCAGAGCUACCGUCUGAAAAUCGCCAGAAGCCUCUGUACUGGAAGGCUCGCGCUCUGAAGGCACGGGGUCUUUACUCAGAAGCAUGGCACACUGCAGAAGAGUGCAGACAGAUAGCUUCCUCGGAUUCUGCCAUACAUGCACUGAUGGAAGAAAUCCGGCCGCUGCUACCACCCGCGAUCCGCCGUCUCCUUCUCCAGACCAGCCCAGGCCAGUCAGCUUCUGCACGACACAGUGUGGGAGGAGGCCAAAUAUCUGAUGACAUAAAUGAUGAUGCACACGUGCCAAGUUCAACGGAUGAUAAGGAUAAACAGACGGAAGAAAAUGACAACAAGAAGAAAGCACAAACUGCUGUUAAGCCUAAAUCUAAAUCUAAGAAGCAGCUGAAAGCAGAGCAGAAGAGAAGAGAGAAGGAAAUGGAGGAGAUUGCUCGAGAACACGAGGCAAGGAAGAAAGAAGAGGCACUCAAAGAGGAAAAGAGGAAACAGAAAGCCUCUGAGCGAGAAGCUUCAAAAGCACGAGCAGCGGUUUCUGAAGUUGACGGGCAGAUGAAAAUUGGAGGUGGCGGGGAAGGAAGAGAUGACGUCUUCAUCAAUGGCGAUACAAGGACGAGGGAAGACCGAAAAGAAGAGAAAAAGCAUGAAGACGAAGAAGAAAUGGACAGCAAGGACGGUAGCAUCGAUGGAGAGGUUCAAAAGGCACCGAUCGCUGCCGUCUCUACAAGUACCCCAGCCUCCAGCCCCAGUCCUACCCACAGCUCCAGUAGCAGCUCUCGCUCUAGUCUGGGCAACAUUGGUCCCAGCACUAGUCUAGCUUCCUGUGCUCCAGCCAGUAAAAACACCAAUAGUGCACUGAGUAGGGAAAGCCCAGGGUCUCCCCAGGCCGUGAGCACCUUAGAGUCAGGCAACUACGAGUUCCUCUUAGCUUGCGAUGGGUGCUUUGUACGGGAAGACGGUCUGUAUGGCCUGGGAGCUUAUUCCUACAAACUAAGCACCAGUCACAAGUGUAGAGGAAACAUUUUGCUCGCUAGGAAAAGGCACAGCAAAGAGUCUUUCGUGAAGAUUCGUCCGGUCCCGAAACACAGCUUUUUGUUCCAAGGAACAUACAAGCUUUGUCAGCAGUUCCAAGGGUCUCGCAAGUGCAAGAUUGGAGAACCCAGAUGCACGUUUGCUCACAACGAGAUAGAAAGCGAUCUCUGGACAAGAGACCGCGAGGAUAAGUUUAACCGUGAAAUCGUGACUGGCCAGCUAAAAACCAAAGACCCUAACCGCUGGUUAGAAAUCAAGGAAACAGCUAGCAACAGCUCAGACACCGAAUCUUCUGCCACAACCGAGUCCGUUGAUGAAGAAAGCAGCGUCGGCGAUCUACGCAGAAGGGUUUAUGACUACAAGUUAGCGUGCGAUGUCUGCUAUCCGAGGGACGAGAACAAGCACGGUGCAGAAGCGCACUCUUACGUACAAAACAAGAAGCACAACUGCGGGGAAAACGUCCUCCUUGCGCGAAGGAAGAACACCGACGGCGCGUUUAAGAAAGUCCGCCCGCGUCCGCAGCACGCUUUCUUCGGGACGUACAAGCUUUGCCAGCAGUUUCAGUCGUCAAUGCCGUGCAUGCUUGGGGAGCCAAGAUGCACAUUCACUCACAACGACAUAGAAAUCGACCUCUGGACGAGAGAGCGACAAGGAAAGUUCAACCGUGAUGAGCUGAUGUCUCAGCUCAGCAAAACACCCGUGUUUGAGGCGGAUGCUAUCCGAAGACUGCGGCAAAAACAUGGCGGCAUCUUCCGAUUUCUAUGCAAGGAGUGCUUCCAAGGCAGUCCUACGGUCAUCAGUGACUCCUCGCUGUGUGACCGACACUUCCCAGAGGGACAACGCCAACAGGACAUCGAACUUCUCGUCCACGCCAGAGAAACGAGUAAAGGGGAGUCCAGGUUUACACCGAUAAUGCCUUCGCCACAGCUCACGGCCAACCAGAUCCCGCUAUUCUGUGCGUACAUGGACAAGUGUACGUUCGGAGGCGGACGGUGCGGACGGGCGCACGGGCAAGUCGAGAUGGAUGUUUGGAUGCUGGAGAGGAAGUACGGGACGCCACAACGGCAGCUGGUCAACGGCUCAACAGAGGCAACCGCCUCCCGGUCAACGGGAAACGUUCCCGCUCAGUGGCGUCACGUGGACUGUCCGUUCAGGUUACAGUUCGUCUGCCGGCAGUGUUGGCUGUCUCCCGGGUCGAGUCGUGUUGUCAGCAAAGCGUCAACCAACGACAAGACUUGCGAACGAAACAAACACGCAUGGAACGAAGAAAACAGAAUGUGUCUGAGCAUUGACACCAGAAAGGAGAUACGGAGGAUUCCCGAAAAGUGGAUAUCAAAUUUUGAGAUGUGCCGCUACAUUCAACCAGGCAAAUGUUGUUUUCUUGGCCAGGAGUGCACAUAUGCUCACAGUGAAGAAGAGAGGAAAGUAUGGACAUUCCUGAAAGAACAGAAACUUCGUGACCUUGAAGUCUUGGUGAAUCUCUCACAACAACAACAGCAUGCCCGACCGUCAUCCCCCUCCACCCCGUCCCCUCAAGCUUCUCCGCGUACGUCAGGCUUCCCUCUCCUCCGACCGUGGAUCAGUCAGUACUACUGUAACCUGUGUCACAAGACCUGUAACGGCAGGGUGACGUUCGACCAGCACUGUUCCUCCGAUGGACAUCAGGCCCGGCUCAGGUCAGACGCCAGCGACAACUGGCAGUACCGCCGGCCGCCGUGGAUUGGACGAGACGAGGAGUACAGACUAUGCCGACGCCAUGCAGCCGGCUCCUGUCAGUACGAUGGAGUUGAAGACAGACACAACAUCUGUCCGGAAGCGCACAGCCAAGAAGAACUGGACGAGUGGAAGGAGAGACGUCAGCACCGGUGGCUCAACAUGGAAAUGGCGCGGAAACAGAACCUGUUCUCCUACAUGGACAAACUUUGGGACGAGUAUGAGAAGACCACAGAUGGACCAUCAAUAAUUGCAGACUCGCUGACGGGAGUCAGUAUUUCCUGUACCCGGGAGGAGAGCGCUCUGUUAGAAACAAAGGGAGAAACGUGCACGUGGACUUUCACUGUGACUUCUAAGGAGCCGCUAGAGCAUGUUGCGUUGCUUUUCAAUGAGCACAGAACGCACUUCUGUUUGCAUGGAACAGAAUUAGAGGGGAACUGCCAAGUCGCGGAGGGAAAACAAUUUCUACAUCCCUCUGACGACACCUACAUUGUCGAAGUCCGGGGCACGUCUCAGAUGUUCGGGGUUUUCCCCCAAUGGGUCAUUUUUGACUUCGGAAAACGACCGGUGGUUAAGAGGCGUUUGGUGUUGUACGUGGGUAGUGUAGGUCCGGACAUCGCGAAAGUCAUUCCCGCUCCACUGGACUUCGAACGCUGGCACAGUGGGAACAGGAGUAUCGUCAAGUUUGCCAAAGAACUCAACCCAGCGGAUCAGGCACUGCUGGCGAAGUACAAAGAACCGACGGAGGAACCAGGGGAAGUUUUGGCAAGACUCUCGCGGCGUAAGAAAGAGCUGGACGAGACGGUCUACAAGACGCGCAUGCACGACCUUCUAUACCUGGAAGAACUGACACGAAACAGGGAAAUUGCCAGUAUCCGCAAAGAGACAACCCUGGAGCUGUCCGACCGUAUAUCAGACGGUAUUCUGCUGUUCGCUGAGGGAGGAACGCUGUACACCAAGCUCCAUCUACAGGACCAGCUCAGCGAGGACGGACCGGCCGGGAAACUCAUCCUCACCAACGUCAACACCGUUCUACUGGCUCCGAAAGGAAGCGAUACUAACAAGGUCUAUGAAGCCGCCAUCGUCCAACUGAAGGGGUUUGAAGGGCGGCGAAAAGACGAGAUUUACCUCCAACUGUCCAGCCGCUGCUGCCAAGACCUGAACCUCAGCUCCGGAACAACAGUGGAGUUUGAAAUCCGUUUCCAACUCAACCGCUUACAUUUCUGCUACAUGCACUUCGCUGUGGACAACAUGGCGGCGCUUCACGCCAUCUUCCCCAGCAAGGCGGACAUGUCGUGGUCCUGGGUGAGGGUGGGGGAGGCCUCGCGGCCGACACGUCAAGUGCAGGACGCGCAGCUUAACGUGAGACAGAGGACCGCUGUUACCCGCAUCAUGAGCGGGACUGGGGACACUAACCCACCGGUGGUGCUGUACGGCCCUUUCGGUACAGGAAAGACGAGGACGAUGGCUUCAGCCGCCCUUCAGAUUCUCCAGCAGCCGGGCACGAAUGUCCUCAUCGCGACACACUCCAAUAGCGCUGCUGACUUGUACCUGAAAGAGUACAUCCAUCCAUACGUCACAUCCGGUCAUCCCGGAGCGACCCCGUUACGUGUGUACUUCAAAGAGCGCCGCCUGGAGACCGUAGACGACACCGUCAUGCAGUACUGCAAACUGGACCCCGACAAGAAGUCGUUCGCCAUGCCCGAGAUGGAAGACAUCAUGAACCACCGUAUCGUCAUCGUCACCCUCACCACCUCCAUGUACCUGAUCCGGAUGGGCCUCAGGCCGGGACACUUCACUCACAUCCUGCUGGACGAGGCAGCUCAGGCCAUGGAGUGUGAAACUCUCCUCCCGCUCUGCCUCGCCGAUUCCACCACGCGUAUCGUCCUCUCCGGGGACCACAAACAGAUGAGCCCGAAAGUAUACUCCACAGAAGCGUGCGACUUAUCGUUUGACAAGUCCUUGCUGGAGCGGAUGGUGCAAAGGUACAUCAGGCUCACGAAAGGUCCGACAGAGAAAGCGGAAAACCCCUUCCUGGUCAUGCUGAAGGACAACUACCGCUGCUGCGAGGAGAUUCUCCGGUUCCUGUCGGAAAGUUUCUACGGAGGGCUGAAGAGCGUGGGCCAGCCUCGCCAUCCGCGGUGGUACCCGCUCACCUUCUUCAGCGCCGAGGGAGACGACAAGACGGGAGACUACAGCACAUCGUACUUCAACAUGGCUGAGGUGUUGGAGAUCUCAGAAAGAGUAGAGCAGCUGGUGAAAGACUGGCCGGAGGAGUGGGGUGAACUGAAGCUGGGAGACAUCGGAGUCAUCACACCAUACCACAAUCAGACACAGCUAAUCAGAAAAGAGCUGCGUCGUAAACGUUUGGGUGGCGUUACUGUGGAAAUGGUAACCAAUAUCCAAGGUAAACAGUUCAGGGCAGUCUUCAUCAGCACGGUCAGGACCAGAGCAACGUGUGACCCGAAGAACGACAAGAACAGCUACGGCUUCCUGUCAGACAGUAAGCUCCUGAACACCGCCAUGACCAGAGCGCAGUCCCUUGUCGCCGUGGUAGGAGACCCACACGCGCUCUGUUCACGUGGAGCUUGCCAAAGAGUCUGGCAAAAGUUCAUCUCCGAAUGUGAGAAGAACAAGAGCCUGUUCCCCCAGACACUCACCAUGAGCCAAAUCUACGAAACAACUGAGAGCACGACUCUCAACCCAGAGGCACAGCCUUUCACUCCAAGAGGUCCUACAGCUUCCGGGAUACAGAAUCAGGGGGCCUCACCACCUGGCUCUACAUCAGGAUCUCUUGCCAAGCCACCCACGAAAGUAGAUGAGCCAGACGAAAUCAUCAGACAGCUCAUUCUUGAAAGUCUAGAAGACGAGAACGAAGAAGAAGCAAGGCGUUUCAAAGCCCAGAUGUUCGACCCCGACAAGGUGACCGUGGUGCCUAGCCAAAGGGACCCAUCGCAAGUCUAUCUGCACUACGGCCCAGGACAACGGGCAAGUGUGAGACGCCCAGCCCCGUCAAGACUGCAGAGACCCCGCCUGGGAGCAGACAAUGCCGAUAGGGAGUACGACUCCGGUGAGGAUGAGCCGUAUGACCCCACACAACUUGAAGUCCAAGAGGAGAGCGACAACCAAUGCUUCUAUACCAACUACUCACCAGACGAACUGGAAAACCUUCUCCAAACUGAACCAGACCGCUACAGAAGAUGCAGGCUGAUCGUGAAGGGAACUUACACAGCGUACGGUGAAAUCAUCGGUACAGACGAAGACGACAUAGAGAUUAACAGCAGAAAGAACCGAGGGUUGGGCUGGACAAAUGACGAGGUGGUGGUGGAAAUUCUCGAGAACGCUGAUGACCAAGAGUCGGAAGUAUUCAUGACUAAAUCAGACACAAAGAAAGGCAGAGUCGUGGGGGUCCUCAAAUCAGCAGUCUCCUUGCACCUGAGGAAGUUCGUCUGUGUUAUUGACAGCAAUAACCCUAACGUAAUGGUCCCAAUAAACACUGACGCACCAAAACUAAUGACCUACUACGGCAAAGAGAACAGACGACAAAAUAAUGUACGUGUGUACAGCUACAUGUCGGACGCUUCAAUCAAGUUCAAGAAGUAUGAAGACAUCGACCCCAGGAAUCCUUACAAGAAGUUGUUUGUCGUUAGAUUCCUGAAGUGGACGCCGAGGUACGUCUACCCCCUGGGUGUAGUGACGGAUGUCAUCACCCCAGAUAGCACACUGGAAACAAGCAUGGAAAUACUCAACCACAAAUUCAACGUGCCCAGCAAAUACAGGGGGAAAGUCGAGGAGGACGUCAACAAACGGUACUUCGUAGAUUGGCAGAUCCCGCCGAAGGAGAGAAAUCAGAGAAAGGACUUGACCAGAACACACACCGUGUUCACUGUAGACCCACCAGAAGCCAAGGAUUUGGACGACGCCCUCAGUGUGGAGGAUAAUCUGGAUGGAACCUACACUGUCGGGAUACACAUCGCUGACGUCAGCUAUUUCCUCCCAGCUGGAAGUGAUUUAGACAAGGAGGCUAAGGAGAGAUCCACUACUCUCUAUCCACACACUGGGAAAGACCCUGUCCACAUGAUCCCCAAAGGGCUGAGUGAAGGGGUGUGCAGUCUGCUACCCAACAGAGAUCGACUGGCCCUGUCACUGUUUGUGACCUUUAACCGUGACGGGGAUACUGUUGACGAACUGAAGAUAGAGAGGUGUGUUAUCCAUUCUCGGGCGAAGCUGAGCUAUGCACAAGCAGAGGAUAUCAUAGCCGGGUGGGGCUCCUUGUCCGUACCGCAGGAGGUGCAAGGCAGUGUCCGCAUACUGCACACAAUCGCAGCGGCCCGGCGGCAGAAGAGAUUGGGUCCAGCGCACCUGUACCACCAGCCAGACGAGGACAAAGACAGAGCUGUAAGAGCUCACACAAUGGUGGAAGAAAUGAUGAUCCUAGCCAACACCACGGUGGCGCGGGUCUUACUACAGACGUUUCCACAGACCACACCUCUUCGUAAACAGCAGCCGCCGAAGCAGGAGAAACUUGAGAACUGGAGAAGACAUCAUGCUGGCCUCUCCGGCCAUUCCGUCGAGCUGUCCAAGACAUUGCCAGAUGAUAAGAAUACAGAUGCACCGCCCGGCGACAUCCCGUUACGUAAAGAUAUCUGGGAUGAGAUCAGAUUUGCUGCUUUGAGUGGAGACCUGGACACGAUACAGCAGCUGGUGUGCACGGAUGAGAAUCACCCAACCCUGGCUCGAGCAUUGCUGCAGUUGCGCGGCAUUCAGGACAGAGCCGUGUUUAAGUGUUCAGCCAAUCACGAGCCCGAAGACAACGGUCACUACUCUUUGAACCAAUCAGCGUACACCUACUUCACGUCACCUAUUCGCAGGUACAUCGACGUCGUAGUCCAUCGUCUUCUCGUGGCUUUGAUCGCAAAACGACCGUCGACAUACACCUCGGACGAAAUCACAGAAAUCUGCAGUCACUACAACAAUAUGGAGAACAACGCAAAGACCUACGAACGGGAGACGUUGGUCUUGAAGUUGGCGUAUGAUUGGAUGUCGAAACCGGAAGUCAUGUACCCUGUUAUUGACAGUGUUAAUGAACAGGAGAUACAGCUCCUCAUGCCGUCUGUACGUCACACAGAGUCGCGUCAGCGGCGUGUGGAGUUCAGCCUACUGAAACCAGCAUCUCUACCAAGUCCUGAGGAAGAGGGGGAAUCAGUUGAGGUACGCUGGAAACAGCGAAUCUACGACACCGCACCAGACAAGACCCAACUGCCCUGGCCUUCAGACCGUAAAAGGCCCCUGCAGCUCGACAGUGAGAAGUAUGUGAUAAGGAUACCUGGUCAGUAUUGGCAAAGGCUUGUCCAACAUGUACAGGCGGGAAAUAUGAGCUCCAUAAGUGAUGUCGUAACCUACAUAGAGGAGGUAGUUGGCAUGCAGCUGACGUUUGGACCAAGCGUACGGGUGUUUGAAGAAGUGUCAUCGGAAGCGAGGGAAGGCCUGUUCGCCGAUCACUUCUGUACCUUCCAGAUGACGUACAAGCCAGGACAGGUGGUCAAGGUGCAGCUGACGGGAGACAUACGGAAGGGUCUUCUAUCACCGUCCAUCCAGCUCUUCAACCUGACGCCGAAGAUGGACGUGUGUCUGGACCACAGGCGGGACGCAGUGACACGGUUCGCCGUGCCCGCCACGCGGUCUGUGGCCAACAUACCGAGAUACGGCUCAGUCCGAGCGUACCAGGAACGCUGGUUACCCAUCAUGGCGGUGGAAGCCGCUCACUGUGCCGUGGAAAACAACGAGUCAGUCGUCGUCCAUGGUGUUUACAUCAGCUGGGAAAAACAACAACAAACAACAGGGAGUGUGGAGUACUUUGGUCAAAUCACUCUCUCACAGAAGUUCUGCAAGGACCGCUGUAUCUAUUUCAACCAGGAGAACCAGAGCAAUCUCAAGGCAGUUAAUGAGACCGGGAAGUACCUGGACUACAUCUGUGUGCGUUAUACCGGUGUGAGGGCUGCCAUGACUCGUGACGGUCGCUUCGACAUCGCGACGGACAAGACUGAAGAGAAAUCCCCGCCGCUCGUCUGUUGGGUGGGCCACUGCCUGGUGAUGCCCGGGGUGAAGGCCAGCAAACGUGACGACGUCACAGUCCCUAUCAGACUUCACCAGCACCUCAUGGCGUUCCCUGACGCUCUCCUGCACCACGGCUCGACUAUUCCAGCAACCAUAGAGAUCAUCACCAAGACUCUACCUGACAGGCGUAUGGAGAACGCAGUAAGAUGGCUGAGCGGCUCUUCAGAUCUAGUCCAGCAAAUCGCCACGGGGAAACCUAUUACUGCUAAAGACAAUCCUUUGGCGAGUGAAGUUACCAUCGAGACGCUGCCAGCCUUCUUUCCGCUGAACCAAGGCCAGGGGGAAGCCGUGAAACGGGCUAUCAGAAAACCGUUCACUCUCAUCCAGGGACCACCAGGCACUGGGAAGACCGUAACAGGAGUCCAUAUCGCGUACUACCUGGCCCAGAUGAACAAACUGAUCCAGUCAGUGUCGGCAGAAGGGAUGUACCCUCCCCAGGUCCUGUACUGUGGACCUUCCAACAAGGCAGUGGACGUGGUGACUGGAUACAUGAAAAGGAUAAGCGGAGAUCUGAAGAUCGUUCGCAUGUACAGCGAGAUGAUAGAGAGAGAAGAGUUCCCCAUCCCGAAUGAGCCGGUACACCCGAAUAAGUGCAGAAGCGAGAAAGAGUCGAAGAUCACGAACGAACACGACGACGUGUCGUUGCAUCACCUCAUCCGCAAACCCGGCAAUCCUCACGCCGAGGCCAUCAGGGAAUUUGAGACUCGCUUCAGAGAUCCAAACUACACCGUGACAGAAAAAGACAUCACUGACUACAAAGUCCGAAUUAUGCAUGCCAAGGUUCAUGAGCUGAGACAGAAGCACGUGAUCCUGUGCACCUGCACUGCUGCGGCCAGCCCCAAGAUGGGCAUGGCGACCAACAUCGAGCAGUGCAUCGUGGACGAGUGCGGCAUGUGCACAGAACCGGAGAGCUUCGUCCCCAUCGUCGGGGCUCCAGUGGAACGAAAUGAGUCCGCGACAUUCCACAACCCGAAGCAGGUGAUUCUGAUCGGUGACCACCAGCAGCUGAGACCCAUCGUUCUGGAGAAGUCGUCACAACAGCUCGGGUUGGACACGUCACUGUUCCAGCGGUAUUCAUGGAUGGCGACCAUGCUGACGACACAGUACCGCAUGCACGAAGCCAUUUGCAGUUUUCCGUCCCGAGAGUUCUACGAGAACAAACUCCGUACUCACCAGUCCGUCACGGCGAGGCCCCGGCACCCUACCCUGGACGGGCUGUGGCCGGGAGGAGCGGGCAGACCUACGGCCUUCUGCCACGUGGUCGGGAGGGAAGAGGUCCAGACGGUGGCAACGGCGGAGGGCAACCAGAUGUCACGGAGCAACGAGAUGGAAGCUGACAUAGCGGUGAAGAUGGCGAUCUCUCUGGUGAGAGAACACAAAAUCCAGCCUGAAAACGUCAUCCUGUUGUCCCAGUACCGCGCACAGUGUGCACUUCUCAACAAGAAGCUGUCAGCAGAAAGGACCAAACGGAACGACGAGCGACUGGAGAGGGUUGGAGUCAACUCAGUGGUCGCUAGUCAAGGAAGCGAGUGGGAUUACGUCAUAUUUUCCACGGUAAGGUCUCUGCCGUCGUACGAGAUUGAACACAACCCUUCCCCCAGCUGGCUCCGGAAGUACCUGGGUUUCAUCACGGACCAGAACCAGGUCAACGUCGCCAUCACCAGAGCCAAGAGAGGACUUUGUAUUAUUGGUAACAAGAACCUGCUGAGGGUCCAUCCUCUUUGGGGCAAACUGAUCACCGACUAUGAAAAUCAGAAGUGCCUUGUGAACAACUCAAACUUCAUAGCCCGUCCCCCGUCCCAACAGAACGCGUGGACAGGGAGAGCUCAGCAGUACUCAUUUUAGUUUUCAAGCGGUCUUCUUGAUACAGACUACCAAGUUAGCGCCAUGUUUUUUAUGUGCGUUGUGAUUUCAUAUGUAUACACUAAUUUCCUGACCGUACCCUUUACCAGAUAGAUCGGGCAGAUUGCUUCGACUGAAAUGCCAAAAAGGUAUUGUGACAAUUAGCAAGCAAAGUCCUAGUUGGAAUGAUAAUAGGUUAGUAGAGUUAUUAGUGUAAAAUAGCGCGAUGGUCUUGUAUGAUGCACUGACAAAUAUUUUUGUGACGACAUUGCAGUUUUAUUGUAGUUUACCCUUUUUGAACUGUGAUUGUGUGAGUUUGUAUAACCUGAUUCUCCUAGAAGUUAAUUACUGUACUGUGACAUCCCCCCUAACAUUUCAAGAUGAUUUAGAGUCCUCAAAUCCUUAAAUGUUACUAAGCUAUUGAACAAGUUAAUCAGUAAUUGGAAAUGUUUCUAAGUAAUGGCAGGCUACCAUUAUGUUUUAUAGAACACUGCAGAAUAUAUAUAUA